CCCCACGCUGCUUCCGCGUUUCCUCAGUGCCGUCCCUCCGCCAGGCCUGAAGUGUCUCGUGUCUGGGGGCGGUCUGGGCUGUCUCUGCCGCGGCAGCGAUGGGCAAAACUGCCGGCUCUCGGGGGCCAGGAGGCCGGCCCGACCCGGUGCGGAGCUUCAACCGUUGGAAGAAGAAACACAGCCAUAAGCAGAGCCAAAAGAAGCAGUUGAGGCAGCAGCUGAAGAAGCCCGAGUGGCAGGUGGAACGCGAGGCUAUCAGCCGCCUCAUGCAGAACUACGAGAAGAUAAAUGUAAAUGAAAUUACAAGAUUUUCAGAUUUCCCUUUGUCUAAAAAAACAUUGAAAGGUUUGCAAGAAGCCCAGUACCGUUUGGUAACUGAGAUACAGAAGCAGACCAUUGGAUUGGCUUUGCAAGGUAAAGAUGUUCUUGGAGCUGCCAAGACAGGAUCUGGCAAGACUUUGGCUUUCCUUGUUCCAGUGCUGGAAGCCUUAUAUCGUCUACAGUGGACCUCAACAGAUGGGCUGGGGGUUCUGAUUAUAUCACCUACGAGAGAACUGGCCUAUCAGACCUUUGAGGUUCUCCGAAAAGUAGGAAAGAAUCAUGACUUUUCAGCUGGUCUCAUCAUUGGUGGAAAGAUUGCACUGAUGUGGAAGAGAUUUUUUGUUUAUUUGUUUAGGUACAAAGAGGAUGGUGAAGCCUUAUUAAUUUUGCUUCCCUCAGAAGAAAAAGGGAUGGUGCAGCAGCUUCUCCAGAAGAAAGUGCCUGUGAAGGAUAUCAAAAUCAACCCAGAAAAACUUAUCGACAUCCAGAAAAAAUUGGAAUCAUUUUUAGCACAAGAUCAAGAUUUAAAAGAAAGAGCUCAAAGGUGUUUUGUCUCCUAUAUACGCUCCGUGUAUCUGAUGAAGGAUAAAGAAAUAUUUGAUGUGAGCAAGUUACCUAUACCUGAAUAUGCCUUGUCUCUUGGUCUUGCUGUGGCACCACGGGUAAGAUUUCUUCAGAAAAUGCAGAAACAACCCACCAAAGAAUUGGUGGUGAGCCAAGAUAAUAAAGUAAUUGAACCAAGGGCUCCCUCCCUCACCAAUGAUGAAGUGGAAGAAUUUAGAGCCUACUUCAAUGAGAAAAUGUCCAUCCUUCAGAAAGGUGGGAAAAGACCAGAAGGGACAGAAUACACACUGGCUAAUGGGAUCAGUGAUGAAGAGGAAGAAGAGAAGGAAGAUGAGGAAGAAAUGGAAGAGAAACUGGCAAAAACAAAAGAGCCUCAGCCUCCAUCUGUCCCUAGCACUGGGGAGUCCAAGGAAGCUCCUGGGCAGUUUUUGGACAGAGAUGAGGAGGAGGAGGAUGGACACAAUGCUGAUUUCUUUACAGUGAAGCGGCACAAUGUAUUUGGGUUGGACCUUCAAGAUAACAAAGCAGUACAGAAAAAAGAACCUUCUAAAUCCAGUGUCAAGAAAAAAGUGACCAAGGUCGCAGAAGCAAAAAAAGUAAUGAAGAGAAAUUUUAAAGUGAAUAAGAAGAUAACAUUUACUGAUGAAGGGGAGUUAGUUCAGCAGUGGCCACAGAUGCAGAAAUCUGUCUUGAAGGACACCGACGAUGAGGACGGUGCUGGUGGCAUCAACUUAGAUAGAGCCAAGGAAAGGCUUCAAGAAGAGGACAGAUUUGACAAAGAAGAAUAUAGGAAGAAGAUCAAGGCAAAGCAUCGGGAGAAAAGACUGAAGGAAAGGGAAGCCAGAAGAGAAGCCAGUAAGAAACAAGCAAAGGUAAGGGUUGAUUUUUUUUAUGAGAAAAAUGUUGUUAACAUUGAAUGGGAUUUAAGUGCCCAAAAACGAGAGCUGUAG